GCAAACUUGUCGAAACAAAGUAUCCACGAGCAGCGAAGCAGUAAGCGGCAAACGGGAAUUCAGGAUUGAAAGCUGCUGGCUGUGGCACUCACUAUCACGGAAAACGUCCUUGAAUACAAGGGUAUCCAGCAAGUAAGCGAGCAAGUCGGGAAGCGGAGUUAGCGCGCGAUUAUCCAGCGAAGGCCGAGAGACGACGGCACGAGGCUUUGAGGAGACGCCAUGCCUUGCAUCUUCUGAGCUUGUACUAAUGGAUGAGCGUUCCAAUUCUCAGGCGAAGAGUUUGCCGCAGCAGCAGCGACACGGCUCGGGAAACUUGGAGUUGGGACAGCUGAUGCAACACUUGCACGCCAGACAACUGAAAGCAGUCCAGUCGCCGGCCAAUCCACUUGCGCUAAACACCAACGAUUCGCAGAGAGUAUUCCCAUUUCAGUCGACUCCCAGCGGCAACCUCAAAAUUAUUCCCAACCAGGUGGUUUUCGAGUCGAAGAAGGUGAGCGUGCUGGUAGCGUCGCCGCGUCACGCGAAAGUCGACGUUAAGGCCGAGCAGCGGCUGCCGCCCAGCGUCACGGUUUCGACGCUGGAGAGGCUACAGGCACAGCUCGCGCCCAGCAGCGCCGACCGCCAGCAGCCGGAGCAGCAGCAGCAGCAGCAGCGGCCGCGCACUCAGCCCCACAGUCGAGCAGCCAAAAACAGCGGCGACGCUCGCGAAAGGCCAGCGCAAAUGCUACCGAGACACGAGGCUGCCGAUGCCGCUGCCAACUCUGCCAGUCAGCACGAGGCCGAUGCUCGUGGCGUUAACGAGGUGGCGCUGGCGAGCCUGGGUUUCACGGCCGAGCAACCCAUCGACUGGCAAAACAUUGCGCUGCCCGAGAAGACCGACUUGUAUCGCGAGCUCCACAGGCGCAUCACCACCUACACGAACGCCGACUGCAUCGUCCGCAUCGCGGAUGACGAAUUCCAUUGCCAUCUGCUGGUGCUGCAGAGCUACAGCACGUUCUUCGAUGAGAGAAACGUGAAAGAGAUCGAACUCAGUGGGAGCAGCGUGACCUCGGCAGCCUUCUCCAUUAUCUACGACUGGAUGAUAAGUCCAACGAGCGAGAGCUGUCAUCUACUCAGGCGUGACAACAUCCUUGAGAUUUUCAGGGCUGCUCAGCAUCUUGGAAUCAAAGAAUUAGAGGAACAAUGCUGGGCAUUUAUCGAUAACGACGAGCUAUUCUCGGAGGACACGGCAUUCCUGCUAUACCUGGAGGCACGAAAAGCGGGAAAUACCGCGGUGAUGGAGCUAAUGGUCCCGAGAAUCAUGAAAUUCUUCCUGAUGCUCGUCAGCACCCGCGACUUUUUGCAGUUGACCGUCGACGAAUUAUGUCUGCUGCUGCGCUCCAAUUACAUCUGCGUCAAUAGCGAAAUGGAAGUUUUGAUGUCCGCGGUAAGAUGGCUUAUGUACGAUUGGGAGGGCAGAAAGCAGUACUUGCUGGAAGUUAUGAAGUGUGUCAGAUUUGGUCUGAUCGCACCCUGGCAACUUGUCGACGUCAAACGCAACCCCGAAAAUCCGGAAUUCAUGGAGUUAAUGUCUUAUCCGGAGAUUCAGAAAAUGGUCGACGACGGCCUUGCCUUCGUUAUCAUCAAGUACUGGUACGGCAAUCAAACUGAAGAUUAUUACCACUGGAUUGACCUGCUGGGAUUAACGGAGCCGACGAACAGGAAUUGGGCCGGUGAAGAUAAGCACUACGUCACCUACAGAGAAUUCCUUCUAUACCUGGAGGAAUAUCAGCGGACGAAGCUUUUGGCGUUGAAAAAUAAAAAGUCACAUGCGAAGCCGUCGCCGCCCAGUUCACCUCCGAAAGAAAAUUCUUCGCCGCAGACGACUCCACUCGUAUUCAGGAAACGCACGACGAGCCAUCAGAAUUCUAAAGUCGCAGAGAUAGCUUCGAUGACAGCCAAUGCAAGGCCAUCGAAAAACCCGACGGAAGCAUCAGCUAGCAAUGUGCCACCUUGCAUGAUGAUGUCGCCAGAAAUUUUGCAACAAUACCUCGAUAGUAUGGGUAGAAACAGUAGCAAGUUGGUGAGUAAAUCAACCAAUGGGAUUUCAAGACCCAAACAUUCCGCUUUGAGCAAUCUGCCUACAAAAUUCAUGAGCAUGAAGUGCGUCGAAGAAAAGCAGAAGCGACCGAGCGACUCUUCAAACUCGCAAGAGGAAGCUGCUACCACUGCUCAAGCUGUUUACCGUGGAUACAAAGGGAGAACGAAAGUCGCUCAAAUAAAAAGGGGAGGUUCUGAAAAUACAGCGACGAGGACGAAAAGAGUCAUGGAUCUCUUGACUACUCCGGUCGGGCAAAGUUUGCACAAACCCCUCGAACCCAUCAAAUUUGCCUCCUGUCCCGCCGCCGCCGCUAGGCAGCGAAGCGAAUCGCCAGCAGAUAAGGAAACAGCUUUAGGUGAAACGAUAGCGGUGCCCUCGGUUAUUGCCGACCAAGAUAGGCGACUCGAUAAUCGCGUCACGAAGACCUUUGUCGAUCUUGAGCAGAAGACUCAAAUGUCGGAGGAUGAAUCGACGGAGAACGGCAGUCUAAUUAAGACAGUUAUGUCGCCGGCGCACUUCUCGACCGACGAUAAGAGCAGUAUCACGCCGCGCGACAGUAUGGACGAAGCAGCAGGUGCAGCAGCAGCAGCAGCAGCAGCAUCAACAACAGCAGGCCUCACCUCGAACGUCGAAGUGCGAGCGCGAAAGAAAACGAAAGACAGCCUGCUGCAGCAAUUGUCGAAGUUCGAGCGUCGGGGAAGUUCAACCUUGCGCCGUAAGUCACGCGCGAAGGAAAAGGAAGCCGUUCUAGUUUUCGGCGGGAUCGAUCCGCAUGACGAGCGGCAGCGGCAGCAACGGGGCGCCGAAGUACUCGCUUACCGUCGUCGUCACGGCUGGAGACUCGUCGCCGAGAUGCCUCAACCGCGGCACCAUCACUCGCUGGCUUACCUCGCCGGUCGCGUCUACUUGGCCGGUGGGAGUAACCCCCGCGACGACGCGAUCCACAAAAGCGUUGCCUUGGGCACAGCUUGGAGCUACGAUCCCCGAGCGAGAAGCUGGCGCAGCGAGGCUGACAUGCUGACUUGCCGGCAAAACUUCGGGCUGGUGGCGAGCGACGGCAAAAUAUUCGCCAUCGGCGGCCAGAGCUCCGACGGACUGGCAUUGAAAACAGUCGAGGCAUUCGAUCCGUUGGCAGGCGAAUGGACGGUGCGGCGAUCGAUGCGUAUUGCCAGGAUAGGCCCUGCCACCGUCAAAUACGACGCCCGGAUCUGGGUCGCCGGGGGUAUGACCAAUUCCAGCAGAGAGCCCAUCACUCGUGACGUCGAGUGCUAUAAUGCCAUUGCCAACGUAUGGUACGUAAUGGAGCCAUUGCUAUCCCCAAGGUGCUUUUCGUGUUUGCACGUAGUGGCGGAUCGGCUGUUCAUAAUAGGCGGCGCGAGCGAGACCUGCACCAAAAGUAGCAUCGAGAGCGUAGGCUACAUCGACGUUUGGGACGUGAGUCGUUGCAGCUGGCAGCGAUACACCCAACUACGGACUGCUCGACACGGACAUGCCGUUAGCUCGAUUGGUAAUCAGCUGCUGGUGAUGGGUGGCGUGACGACCAAAUACACGAAAGCAUUGAAAAGCGUCGAAUGCUACUGCUUCGCACAGGAUAACUGGACAAGAGGCAUUUCCUCGUUGCCUCUUGCCAUCUCCGGUCACGGAACAGUCUCUUUACCACUCACUAAUAUACUCGACAAGUCUUCGCAAUCGAAAAAUUACACCGAUGGUGAAUGA